CCGCGCCUGUGGCACACAAACACACUGCCCCCCGAAACAUUUGUAUUGCACGCGCGUUGUGUGUAUUCAAAAUAAAUUUUGAAGUUUUUUGCUUUCAUAAUUCAUAAUUUUCAACAUCAACACAAUCACAUUGGUGUCCGCGUGGCCUAUGUAUUUGUAUUAAAAAAUUUUAAAUCAAGUGUGAGCUCAACUUUUAACGUUUGUUUACCUUUGGUGGAACUCGAGCAUAAUUAACCCACUCGUUGUAAUUAACAGCAUGUUGAUGCACAGUUUCGUGCUUUUCGUCAUUGUUUCGACGUCGUUAUGCAUUUCGCGAGUCGUCACCUUACGUCCCGUCGGCAAUGAUGAUUACAUUCAAAACAGCGCUGAUGACAACAAUAAUCCCUUUGUGGCAGCGCGACAACGACUAAAGCAACAACAACUCCGGUACGAACGAGCCAAGUAUAAAUACUUUGCUGAUAAUCAUCAGCACAGAGCUUAUGAUUUAAAUUAUAACAAUAACAACAAUAUGGCAUACAGUGAUUAUUUGCAACAACAACAGCAGCAACGAUUACAAAAUGGAAUUGCAAGCAUUGGAAAAACAAGCAUCAAAGAAUCCCAAGCGAAAGCCAGUCACAAGCACGACUCAGCGCUCGACGAUUUUCCACCAACACCGGAAGAGGCAACGGAGAAAGUGGCAACAAAGAAGAAAUCUGAUUUAAAUGAAAUAUUUGGUGCAUAUCAGCAUGCAGCGCGUAUACAUAACGCAGCGAACAACAAAGAUGUUAAGAGAAAUUUGCGCAGCGAUUACGAAGUAUCGAAUGGCGAGUCCCAGCAUAGUGGUAUGUGUGCCCAGAACGAAAUCGCGAAGAGCUACCAUCAAACGAAAUUUGCGCGCCGUUCAGCAGCGCUGUCCAUCGAUCAAAGUGCUGGGGAUUCUGAGAAUGAAGAGGAGCUCGAUUUGGGUCUGCCUUAUGGCAUACAGAAUGUGCGCAAACGUAUGGCGCGCCAUAAGCCAGAUCAUACCAAAUCGAUCACUUAUCAGUCGCUGUGCCCCACAAAACGCAUCGCGAUACCGCUCGAGACUUCCGGCUACGAAUAUCGCCCCAGUAAUUAUAUAGAAGUCACGUGCGCACAUUAUACACCAGCACAUAGCUAUGAGUUGAGAAAAAAUCGCAUUUGCUCAGAGGCGGGCUUCUCCUGCAUCCAACUGAAUCGCACCAUACACCUGAUAAGACGCAAUAAAGCAUCCAGUGACGAGUGUUGGGAGUCGGAAAUACGCAUUGUGCCCUCGGGUUGUGAAUGCAUGUGGCCAAAGCAUGACAAUGGCGAUAUCGCAGCCUACCAUGAGGCGCAGAAGCGUUUUGGCGCGUAUGCGAAUGUGCAGGCAAAUGCCGAUUAUGAACAGGGCGAGGGCUAUCGUCAGAUACAGCCGCAACAAGCUGAACUGUUCGAUAUCAAUGGAUUGCGUCGUAAUGCGAAUACCAAUGGCGUUGGCUUUGAGGCCUUCGAGGACAAUUGAGGCAUUUUUUUUUUAUUGAUGACGACUUACUUGUUUGCUGACGACGCUAAUGACAACGAGAGCUAUCUAAUUUCGUAAAGUGAUUUUAAACGCAUAAAAUAGGAACCAGUGCUAAUUAUGUAAUUGAAAGUAACUUACAAAUAAAUACGUAGCAUAAAUUUAGUUUGCAGUAAAGGAACAAAUUUUUUAUUUAUGUAUAAAUAUGUAUGUGUGUGUUUAGAUUUCUAGUCAAUAAAAAAUCAAUAAAGUCAAUAUUUUUAUGAUUGAGCGCAUUCCUUCUUAAGAUCUGUUGGAGAACCUGAAAAUUAUGCAAGAAUGACAGAAAUAGAGGUUACGGUGGUUUCGUCCCGUUACUUUUUUUUUUGAAAGAAAAUAUAUGGUGUGUAACUAUAUUCAGAAGGGUUUUUUUUUAAUUUGUACGUUUACCAUAUUUAAGAGAAAAGUGUAUAAAAAAAAGUAUUACUCAAAGCAUUGCGCAUUAGAAGCUAUAUUAUUUCCACGUCUUUUCGGCAAUUUGUGGAUUCUAUCCCAAAAGAACUGCGCUGGUUUGCGGCCAACAAUGAAUCUAGCCAAUUUUCGAUACCCUGUUCUGAUGUGAACCGUAUUCCAGUGAGCCCAAUCUGCAUCGUUUAGAGCAAAUGGAUAGUGUCAGAAGAGGCAAGGUAUGUCUAUAAGGCGAAUGAAAGAUUUUAUCUCGUGUCUAAUCGUAAAGUGCGGGCGUUUUUUGGCAAUCGCUCACUUCAAAUUGAUUCGCUGUAGUCGGCAGCGUUUCCCAUUAAAGGUUUCACCCGGUUUUAGAAGCUCUUAAUACACACGCACUUUUGAUCCCACCAAAUACAAACAG